AAAUAUCGUAAGUUUUUGAAGAAUACCAACGACUACUCCACAGGAAGUAACUAUUGAGACAGAAUACUGUAUUUUGUACUUCGCCCAUUGCAACGGGAAGGCAGUGUGACACUUGACACCUCUUUCUAUACAUCAAUGGAAGAGCAGGACUGCAUAUUGGCUAACACAUACCUGAUCACAGGUGGUGGAGGUUAUUUUGGCUACCGCCUUGCCUGUGCACUCCAAAGAAAGGGGGCCAGAGUCAUUCUGUUUGAUGUACGACCACCGGACCAGGUGAUGCUUGGAGGUAUGGUGUUCAAGAAGGGGGACAUCCGUGAGUUUGCGCAGGUGGAGGAGGCGACAAAAGGAGUGGGCUGCGUCUUCCACAUCGCCUCCUACGGCAUGUCUGGGAGGCAGCAACUCGACCGCCGUCUGAUCGAGGAGGUGAACGUUGGGGGGACGGAGCACGUGAUCACGGCUUGCGUAGCGAACGGGGUGCCCAGGCUGGUCUACACGAGCACCUUUAACGUAGUUUUCGGCGGCCAGGUGAUAAAGAACGGCGAUGAGAGCCUCCCGUACCUGCCACUUGACCUCCACCCUGACCACUACUCCAAGACCAAGUCACAGGCUGAGAUGGCUGUGCUGAAGGCUAACGACGCCUCAUUGCACAAUGGGUCGGGUGUCUUAAGAACCUGCGCACUGCGUCCGGCAGGCAUUUACGGACCUGGAGAACAAAGGCACCUGCCAAGGAUCGUGGGCUAUAUCGAGAAGGGGAUUUUUAAGUUUGUGUACGGAGAGGCCAGCAGCCUGGUCGAGUUUGUCCAUGUGGAUAACCUGGUCUCUGCACACGAGCUAGCAGCCGUAGCCCUGGGUCCUGAGAAGCAGCACCGGGCUGCUGGGAAGGCCUACUUCAUAUCGGAUGGCAGGCCAGUCAACAACUUUGAGUUCUUCAGGCCGCUCGUGGAGGGCCUGGGUUACUCCUUCCCGAAAGUGCGCAUGCCCAUUUCCCUGAUUUACUUCUUUGCAUUUCUCACUGAGAUGGUUCACAGGAUUGUGGGCCACAUAUAUAACUUCCAGCCUCUGCUCACACGCACUGAGGUCUAUAAGACAGGAGUAACACACUACUUCAGCUUAGAAAAAGCCAAGGAAGACUUAGGAUAUGAACCCCAGGAAUACAACCUAGAUGAAGUUGUUCAGUGGUUUAAAGAUAAAGGCCAUGGGAGGAAACCCCCUGGCCCCUCCUAUAAAUCAUUGAUUAUGGAUACUUUACUAAUAAUUGCAUUUGUUGCUGUGAUACUCUCUUGCCUUCCAGUAGUUGGCACGUCAUCUCCCGAUAUACCAAGAAAAUGAUUUACAAAUUUUCAACAUUGUAAAUUUACGAUGGCAUGUUUGCUGUACAGCAGUAAACAGUUAUUCUACAAUUAUAGUGCCUUUAGGAAGUUUUCAUUCUCCAUGGAUUAUUUCUCAUUUUUUACUGUUGAAAAUUCAAAUUAACAUAUAUUUAAAUGAGAUUUUUUCUCCUCCUUUAUAAGUACCUCUAUAAUGUCAAAAUGAAAUGAAAUAUUGAGAUUGUAGACUAUUCCGAAUUAUAUAACAUGAAAAAGACUGGCUUAGAACUGCCUGUGUUUUGGUUUUUACUUUGUUCCUCAUUAGGCUAUUUCAUGCCCCAAUGCUAACUACUGGAUGUAGGGCCUCAGCAUUUCUGCUAGUCAGUGACAAUGAGGUCAGGAUAUUAUUCCAUAUAUCUCACAAUCUCCCUCUGUUUCACACAUCCGAUUUGAUGUAUGUAUCAAAUGUGACUAAAAUUCUGAAUUUCAGCUCCUGCAGUGGUAGUGGCACAGAGUAGUAGUCACAAUGGCACUGCUUCAAGCCUGUUGGAUUCAGCCCAGUCCAAAAGGGACCAGCUGUUUUGUAAGAAAACACUGUUGUGGAAGAUAAUGUUUAGCAUUAACUAUGUUCUAAUGUUUACAUGUUUUAUUUUUUCCAUGUUAAAGGAUUUAUUAAAAUAUUGUUUUAAUGGUCA